AUGUCCGCAUUAUUCCAGAAGAACAAACAAACAACAAUAGGAUUCCUACGCCGUCUCAUUCUCCUUCGCUACGAAACUUCCACAAGUUUAUUCAACACAUUCAAAGCGGCAAUUUCAACACGCCUUCACAAAAUGACUUUUCUACAAAUAUUAAUCAUAUUUAUAGUUCUCCUAAACUCGCCGGCUUCAACCUCCUCCUCCUCCUCCUCUUCUUAAACUCUGUCAAUUCGCCCACUUUUGCAAAGUAAUAAGAGCACACGAAAUGAGAAUACUUUGUUACUUCUUUGCAAUUGUACUGUCAAUUUCAUUAGUGCCGAGCUCAGCUCACUUCUUCCCCAACAUAUCGUCACUGCCUCCGCUCCUCCGGAACAUCACCGCCGCUGCCGGUCCCUGGGAUGCCUUCAAGAAACUCGUUGACUGCAACCCUGGUGACAAGAUUGACGGAUUAGGCAAACUCAAGAAGUACUUUCAGUACUUCGGUUACAUCCCGAAUGCUCCUUCAAACAUCACUGACGACUUCGAUGACUUGCUUGAAUCGGCAAUCAAGACUUACCAGCAGAACUUCAAUCUCAAUGUCACCGGAAAGCUCGAUGAGCAGACGAUGAAUCACGUCACCAUGCCGCGGUGUGGCAACCCGGAUAUAGUCAACGGUACGUCCACGAUGAAUUCUGGUAAAACGACGCCGUCUAAUACUACCUCGUCACACCUUCACACGGUUUCUCACUACACAUUCUUCCCUGGCAUGCCGCGUUGGCCGGUGAGCAAAAGCGAGCUGACCUACGCGUUUCUCCCGGGGAAUCAGUUGGAGGCGGAUGUGAAGAGCGUUUUCACACGCGCAUUCGAGCGGUGGUCGGAGGUCACCACCUUAACUUUCACGGAGACGAGUUCGUACUCCCGCGCCGACAUCAAGAUCGGAUUUUACAGUGGGGACCACGGAGAUGGGGAGCCGUUCGAUGGCGUUUUAGGAACGCUGGCCCACGCGUUUUCGCCUCCGAACGGGUGGUUCCACUUGGACGGAGACGAGAAUUGGGUGAUUUCCGGUGACUUGGCGGUAUCAGCUGUGGAUCUUGAAUCGGUGGCAGUGCACGAGAUCGGGCACGUGUUGGGGUUAGGGCAUUCGUCAGUCGAGGAGGCGAUUAUGUAUCCGACAAUAUCGUCCGGGACGAGAAAGUUGGAGCUGGCCAGCGACGACAUAGCUGGGAUUCAACAAUUGUACGGUAGAAAUCCGAAUUACAACGGUUCGGCGGCGACGCCCUCUACAGAGCAGAGGGACACCAAUGGAGCCUACGUUGAGGGUUCUAUGUGGGGCCUAAUUGUGUUGAUGACCGUCGGAUUUGUCUUCUUGUUUUUGUAAACAUAGGUCGACUUUAUUAGAUUACGAUUUUCUUUUUUUGGCCACCCACAUACAGGGAUUUAGUAUUUUCUGAUUUUAUCAUUUUAAAUAUUUAUAAUAUAUAUAUUUUUUAAUUUACAUUUGUUA